GAGCCCGCUACCGCCCUGAGGGCGAAGGCGCCGGCCUCUAGGACCAACGACUGGCGCGAGAUAGAGCGGCCGGAGGCGGUGCCGCGGAAGCCGGAAGUGGCCGCGUUUCCGGCCGGGCCGCCAUCUCGCCGUGAGGCAGCAGGAGCGGAGCAGCGGGAUGUGGUCCUCCGUAGCUGCGUCCUCGGGCCCGGGCAGAGACCUGGCCAUGGAACCUCGCAGCGCCGCGGGCCCUUUGCAGCUGCGCUUUUCGCCCUACGCCUUCAACGGAGGUACCGUAUUGGCAAUUGCUGGAGAAGAUUUUUCAAUUGUUGCUUCCGAUACUCGAUUGAGUGAAGGGUUUUCAAUUCACACACGGGACAGCCCCAAAUGUUACAAAUUAACAGACAAAACAGUCAUUGGAUGUAGCGGUUUCCAUGGAGAUUGUCUUACCCUGACAAAGAUCAUUGAAGCAAGACUAAAGAUGUAUAAACAUUCCAAUAACAAGGCCAUGACUACGGGGGCGAUUGCUGCGAUGCUGUCUACAAUCCUGUAUUCCAGGCGCUUUUUCCCCUACUAUGUGUACAACAUCAUCGGGGGACUCGAUGAAGAAGGGAAGGGAGCUGUGUACAGCUUUGACCCGGUGGGGUCCUACCAGAGAGACUCCUUCAAGGCUGGAGGCUCAGCCAGUGCCAUGCUGCAGCCCCUGCUUGACAACCAGGUUGGUUUCAAGAACAUGCAGAAUGUGGAGCAUGUCCCACUGUCCUUGGACAGAGCUAUGCGGCUUGUGAAAGAUGUCUUCAUUUCUGCUGCUGAGAGGGACGUGUACACCGGGGACGCACUCAGGAUCUGCAUCGUGACCAAGGAGGGCAUCAGGGAGGAGACCGUGCCUCUGCGGAAGGACUGAGUUCUGUGCCCUUGUCGCUGAUGAGUUCAAAACUGGUUAAGUUUGUACCUUGGAACUGUUGGACUGAUUUGUUUUAUUAAAAAAUAAAACCCCAAGCACUUA